UAUCAUCGGUUCUACCUAAUUCAAACAAAUAUUUUUAAUAAAAAGAGAGAUGGUGAAAGGGACUCACCUGCGUGCCACGCGUGUAUAUAUGAGCGAUACAAACAGCAACGGUUCUUCCUUUGUUUAUUUAUUUAUUUAUUUUUUUAAGGAUUGGAAGGUUUUGUCGAACAAAACCAAAACACCAGCAGUUUUACCUCGGAAGCGUUUAGAAGAAGAAAGAAAAAGAAAGAAAGGCACAGGCGCUCAUAUAGUCACAGGUCAACGUUCUACUCCUUUCUGAUGACUCCACUCACUUCCAUACGCGUGCUCUUUUUAGCUUCCCUCCACCACUCUUAUAUUUGAAUGGAUUAAAAGAUUUUAUAAGGUUUGGCAUUUGAUACAGAUGCCGAUACAACGUUGUGCUGAAGGAAAUAUACUCCUUCCAAGGUUUCCAUUGCAUACCCAUUAACAGGUCGCAGAUGUACACACUUUGUUAUCAGGUUGUACGAAAUUCUUUGGAGAAUCGCUUCAGCAAUCUAGCUUCUAUAUAUGUAUUGUCACGUUUAUUUGGCAUACUAAACGGAGCUGCAAAUUGUAAAGCCUACUCAAGAUUUUCUGCUAUGGCUGCUCACAUAAGCACAAGCAGUCCCAAUGGUGAUGUUAACAUGCAUUCUGACCCGCAGAGGACAUACCAAGUUGUUGUUGCUGCCACUCGUGAUAUGGGCAUUGGGAAGGAUGGAAAACUACCAUGGAACUUGCCUUCUGACCUCAAAUUUUUCAAGGAGCUAACAACGAGUACGGUAGAUCCCAAAAAAAAGAAUGCAUUGAUAAUGGGUAGGAAAACAUGGGAAAGUAUCCCCCUUAAGUACCAACCGCUACCUGGUCGCCUUAAUGUCGUGCUGACUCGUUCUGGGAACCUUGGUAUUGAUACUGCAGUGAAUGUUGUACUAUGUGGAAGCAUUGCAUCAGCUAUGGAGUUAUUGACACAACCUCCUUAUUCCCAGUCCAUAGAGAAAGUUUUCGUCAUUGGUGGGGGCCAAAUACUAAAGGAAGCACUCAAUGCUCCACAAUGUGAUGCCAUCCACAUUACGGAAAUUGAGACAAGUAUUGAUUGUGAUACCUUCAUUCCUCCUAUUGAUUUCUCCAUGUUCCGGCCAUGGUACUCAUCUCUACCAUUGGUAGAGAACAAUAUUCGAUUUUCUUUUGUUACUUAUGUACGUGUCAGAAGUUCAGCAACUGAACUUCAUACUUCCAUCGGUGGGGUAAAAUGUUGUUCUCGUUCUAACUCUGUUAAGCAUGAAGUAGAGAGUUUUAGGUUCCUUCCGAAGAUGAUUUUUGAAAGACACGAAGAGAAUUCAUAUCUGAGUCUAGUUCAAGAAAUCAUCUCAAGUGGCACUCAGAAAAAUGACAGUACGGGGGGUGAUACUCUAACAAAAUUUGGUUGCCAGAUGCGGUUCAAUCUUCGCAGAUCUUUUCCUCUUCUUACUACUAAGACAGUUUCUUGGCAAGGUGUUGUUGGAAAACUUUUAUGGUGUAUUAGUGGUUCAACGAAUGUAAAGAUAGGAAAGACACUUAUUUGGGACCCAUUUGUAGAUUCCAGUAAAGACAAUUUGGUGCCAGGGCAAGGAUUUGACAAGAUGUCAGAUGUCGUAGACAAGAUCAGGAAUGGAGUAGAUGACAAGCUCAUCAUCUUCUCAUCAUCAUGGAAUCCUUCUGAUCUUAAGAUGAUGGCUCUCCCAACUUGUUUAACGUUUGCACAGGUUGAAUUGCAUGUAGCCAAUGGGGAGUUAUCCUGUCAAAUGUAUGAGCACUCUGCUGACAUGGGUCUGAGUGUUCCAUUCAAUAUUGCAUCUUAUGCUCUAUUGACGUGCAUGAUUGCUCAUGCUUGUGGGCUCACUCCCGGUGAUUUCACCCAUAUAAUUGGUGAUGCUUAUCUGUCUAGAGCUCAUAUCAGUUCUCUGCAGGAGCAGCUUCAGAAACUUCCUAGACCUUUACCUAUGUUGAAGAUCAAUCCGAAGAAAAAGGACAUACGUACAUUUGAAGCAGCUGACUUUGAACUCAUAGGUUAUGAUCCUCACAAUUAGAUAUUAUGCGAUACAGUAAUUGGCGGUAAAAGCGUUCAGAUGUUUAUCUCUCUGAGUAUGGCUCAUCACUUAUGCCAUUUUUCAAGGUAAGUAUCAUCAUCCAACUCGCCUAGAAGUUAUGACACUAGGAGUCUGAAGGGCUUUUGGAGUCUCUCAUGGGGAUAAUAUGGGAUAACAUAAAGGUUAUUUGCCUAUAUUUUAUGGAAAACCUAAAUUGCUGCUUUAAAGUGUUCCAAUGGACUUGCACUUGGCCGCUUGAUGAUUUCUUGGAUCUCUGUAGUUUCAAAGAAUUAAAAUGUUUUUGCAACAGCAUGUACCGUGAUUCAAAUUUCAAAUGUCAAUCAAAAUUUCAGAAACCUCAUUGUAGCUUGAAUAGAUAUUCAAUGGUCUGAUAUGAUGAUUAUUUUUUGAUAC